CCUUUCGAUGUGUCUAGGUCGGCCUGCAGCAGUCUUGUCCCCGGCGAGUGUUUCACUACAGAGAUGGCAGCGAAAGUGUGUAGGUCGGUGCUCCUGUUGUCCCGAAGCAGCGGAGCGACGGCCGGUAGCCUCCCCGCACUUGUCUCGUCACAGCGGCGACAUCAGCACAUACGACCGGACGUUCUGUCUGCUCCGCUCAGCCGCCAGACUGUCAGGAGAGCACAUGGCCUACGGUCAGCACCCCACUCCACACUCUUCACCCAGCCUCCCACUGCCCUGUCUCCACAGGUUUGGAGGGGCGGCUCCUCAUGGCAUGGCCAGAGACUGUUGUGUUCCUCCGCUGCUCCAGAAGAGGUGACGGUGGUGUAUCAGAACGGACUGCCGGUGAUCUCAGUCAGUUUGCCUUCCAGGCGAGAGCGCUGUCAGUUCACCCUCAAGCCUCUCAGUGACUGUGUGGGAGUUUUCCUGCAACAGCUCCAGGCAGAGGACAGAGGCAUUGACCGGGUAGCCAUCUACUCCAUAGAUGGAGCGAGGGUUGCCUCCUCCACGGGUAUAGACAUCCUGCUGCUGGAUGAUUUCAAACUCGUCAUCAAUGACACCACACACCUCGUGCGGCCACCAAGGAGAGAGCUGCUGCCCCACGAGGAGGCAGAAAGGCUGAACGACGUCAAGUUCCUGGUGCAGCAGCUCUACACCACCCUGCGCAUCGAGGACCACCAACUUAGCAAAGAGCGCGAGCUGAUUGGACGACUGGAGGACCUCAACUCUCAAAUCCGCCCUUUAGAAAAGGUGAGGGAGGAGUUGAGUAAGAAGGCAGAGCGGCGUACCACCUGGGUGCUGUGGGGAGGCAUGGCUUACAUGGCCACCCAGUUCGGGAUCCUGGCCCGGCUCACUUGGUGGGAAUACUCCUGGGAUAUCAUGGAGCCCGUCACCUACUUUAUCACUUAUGGCACAGCCAUGGCCAUGUAUGCCUACUUUGUGCUGACACGCCAGGUGGAGUUGGAUCUGAAGCGUCUUCGGGAUCCACUCCAGCUCCAGCUCCCGGUCCCUCAGCUCACCGCCAGUAAAAAUUGAUAGAACGAGUGACUCCCUCCUUUCUCAGCUCCUACAAGCCCCUCUCCCUCCUCCCUCCUACCGUCCAACACCCUUCUCCCUCUCCUUUCACCCUCAGCUAUUUCUCAGUCUCCUCCCCCUCUCCUCUAACUCCCAUCCCUCCCACACCCAAUUAUCCCAUCCCUUUCUCGACUGUGGGAGUUAGUUUUUUCUCUCUUUUUGUUUUUCUUUAUUUUUGAUUUAUCUUUUUACUUUCCUGACUGAAAACUCCAGUUGGAAUCACAAGUAAAGGAAAAAAAUGCUAAAUGACAAAGAAGGAUGAUGAGAAUACCAGGAAGUGAGGUCUCGUACAGGCGAAGGUUGUCGAGGAUAACGAAAAGGACGAUGAUGAUUAUAAUGGAAUAAAACUGGCCAAAUGCCUCAAGUCUCCAGAGGGACAGCCUGUAAGGAACUCCAGGGGGAUAUCGGGAAUUAUCACACCUCUAGACACUCCAGGACAGAGGACAUGCAGAGGGGCAUUGUUGAGUGUUUGUGUGCGUGUGUGGAGAGGAGGGCGGACUUUCAGGGUACACUGGGACAACGACCCUGGCCACGCUGCGGAUCGACACAGCAGUACACUCCCCCUCUUCACUGAGCAGUCAAACUGUGAACACACACACACCUACUCAUUGUCGGGGCAGGCUCCGGGGAGACUCUCUGUCCCACAUGUUAAAGUUUACACAGACAUCCUUACUGCAGUCGCACCAUCAGGGAGACCUUCAUCUCCCUGUAGCUGAACUGCUGCCUCUCUCUCCCUGGGCCGAGCCUCCUCCAGGUGACGGACAGCUGUCCUUCCACGUGUGACCUUUGUCAAGAGCUUGUCUACCCGGCAGGAUGUAGGCGCAGCAACGCCUCGUUUCCUCUUCCUGUUGACGUCCUGUAGCGGGCCCGGUCUGCGCAAGUAUGAGAAGUACUUCCGACAACAACAUCACUGUGUGUUCUUUUAUUCCAAAAAAAAUAUUUUGGCACUUUUUAUUUUGAAAGCCAUAGUAUAUUUGUUAUGAGAAGAAUAUAAAUAUAUAUAUGUAUACAAUCAAAUAAACAGAUGACCAGAGGCUAGUUUCUUUCAGUGGGGGGAGGAGCUCUCUUAAGCACGUCAUUUUAUGUGAAAACUCGUUUGCAUCUCCUGUCAUGAAGGAACAUCCUGCUACGUCGCGUACGAACACUGAAGAAGAACAUUAUAAUGUAUGCUAUUUCAUAUCUUUUCGUGAGAAACAUCAUAUAUUUCACAGCAACAGGCUCCUGUGCAUGGCCACCAAUAGGGGGCGAACAAUAUCAAAGCCAAAUCAGGGUGAAAAUGGCUUUGAUUGGAACUGCAAUCCCAUCCCUGACCUCUGCACUAUACUAUAGACGGGAGGAAAAUUAAAGAAAAAAACAACAUUAAGUGUGUUAGUAAAGUGUAUGGCCACUGUACGUACCAGAACACCUCUGCAUUUAUUAUACUGGAGGGAUGAAUGCCAUUAUUUCAGAAGAUAUGUGUUUGUGUUUUGACAGUGGUGGUAGGGAGCGCUAUAUAAUAGGCUGGGUGGAGAUCUGGUGACUAUGAAGGCCACUGCACAUGAUACACAUCAUUUAAUAACUUACACAUAUGGAUGGGGGCAUCAUUGUCCUUUUUCUCUACUCGUUAUUAAGGCAUUUCCUUUAAUUUGUCACCCGUCUGUAGCUGCUAACAUAAGGAGGUUAAGAUGAUGAGAUCAUUGCGUCAGACAAACCUACAGGCAUGCUAUGGUUUAAUAUGUCUGAAGAACUGAAUGCCUUUAAAGAAAAGAUAAUUUUCAGUCUACAGGAGGAGCUGAAUUCGCCUGCAGUUCAAUAUCUUCUUUUCAGAGAAAAUAACAAAAGGAUACAUCUAUAACAAGAAGCAUCAUCACAUUGUUUCACAGAGAAUUUUCGUCGUCAUCCUAAAAUAAAGCCAGAGCUUUCUCCUCCCACUGUUGCUGUAAUGCCCCCCUGCUCCCUUGAUGGCAAGGCAGGGUAGACUGCAUGCUGUGGUAUGCCCUCAGUAGAAAUUUGUGAAUGUGUAGGAGCAUUAUUGCAAUUUUGUACUUAAUUGGACACUUUUAUUUGCCACAUCUAGCUGAAGUCUCACCCCCCCUUAAUCAGUUAAAUCAAAGCAUAUAUUUGUGUUGUCCAUUUUUGGGGGGGUGGGGGGUUGUCACUGAAGAAACCCUUUGUCGGCUUCACUUAGUGUUCUGUUCAGGGUUAGGAGUGGUGGCCCUCUCUUCGCUCCCCAUUUAUGUCUCCAAAAAAAAAAAAAAAAGGUGUCAAAGCCAGUUAUGCAGCUGUAGAUCACAUCUGCAGAGGGGAAGCACAACAACAUGAUGCCCCCCCCCUGCACACAGACACAACAUCGUGUGCAUGCACGUGUGUGAGCAGUUGGCUGAAUCCUGCUGAGGAGGUUCUAGUGUUUAACUCUGGAUUUAUUCUAGUAAUAAAAUGCAUGGUUUUGGGUCAAAUCAGAAGUUAUGCCAAAGCAGGAUUCGGUCCAGUCAUUUACUGUGUGUGUGUGUUCACUCCAAGGGAAACUGUGCCUUUUGGAUGAUUAAUGGUUUAAAGGUUCAGUGUGUAGAAUUCAGUGAGAUCUAGUGGUGAAGUUGCAUGUUGCAGUUUAAUUCCUAUCACUUCACCCUCCCCUUCCAGACAUGAAACAGAACCUGUGGCAGCCUUCAGUUGUCAUAAAAACUUAAAAGGUGUUUGUUCGUCCAGUUAAGACGACUGUAAAAAACAUGGCAGCCUCCAUAAAGAGGACCUGCUCCCAAUGUAAAUAUAAUGUAUUUCAAUAUAAAGGGCCCAUUCUAGGGUAAAGAAAACAACAUUUGUACAAUUUAGAUGGAACACACUAGUGAAAACAACUAGGAUUAUUUUAUAUUCAAUUUCUGCCAAUAGAUCCCUUUCACCUAAAUCGUACACACUGGACCUUUAAAUGGUGUAACCCAUAUAGCAACAACAGCAGCAGUGAGAAAGUGAAUCUCUUAUUUAGAAAACCACCAUCAUAAAAAGGGUUAAAUCACAAUGUUUGGAACCAGAAAUCCAUCUUGCUGUGUGCAUGCGUGUGCGUGCACGUACAUGUACAUAGGAUCCAGGUUGACAAAUGGUGAGGGGCAAAGUUCAGAUCCACACAUUAAUGAAUACUUUGCCCUUAAUCCCUGCCCAUCCCACUUCAUAGCCGUCAUUAGCUCUAAAUCCACACGCACACACACUAACUUACACACACAAAGCGACGACGGCGACAGUGUUUCCUUGGAGACGUACUGUGUCAGGUGAGAGAGUUGAGGCCUCUCUCUGGAGUCCAAUCCUCCCCUCUGCUGUUUCCACACCACACUUCUCUCCAUCACCACCACCACCUCCUCUUUUCUUUUCAUUACGCCAUCCACCGUUAAUUUCCUUUGUUGUUCUCUUCACUUUUACUUUUUAAAAACAAAAUAUAUCAAAUAUAGGGAAACUUUAUUAUAAAGAGGGUGUUGCAUGAAUGUAUGUUUACAAGGGAAAUUAUGUAAAAAUAAAAAAGAUGAUUUAUCCAAAAAAGAACAAAAAAACAAGCUGCAAAGAUAAUUUAAGAACGUUGUUUGUAGAGAUUCCUAGUUAUAAAGGGCAGUGGACAGGGCUGCGUCUUUAGAAGCCGCCCUGCCAAAUCUGAAUUAAUCCCAGCCAACCAACUGCUCCAACCUCAUCCAACCCCAGUCCCAUCUUCACCUUAUUUACUCCUGUGAACCAGCCAUCAGCGCACGUUUAAACUCCCCAGUAAGAUCAUUGUCCGUCCUCGUGGAGGAUGGAUGGUGAAAGCUUUACAUCCCCUUGACCUCCAUUACUAUCGUCCUGGAUCUCAGUCCAAAGAAAAAGUGUCAGGUGCACUCUCAUCUUAUUGGGGAACACCUCCUCUCCUGUCAUUUUCACUCACCCUCACCCUUGAUUUUUCUUCUCCAAAAAUCACAUUAUUACUCCAGGUUUUUAAAUGUGUGUUAUGUUUUGGAUAUCUUGUUUGUGUGCACUUACAUUAAGACAUGUUUGAAAAUGCCUAAAGAGUGAAGCUGAAUAUAGGAUUGAAAUGAUCUUGUACUCCAUCCUGACCUCUUAUUUUAUUUUUGUUUCACUCAGCCUUCUUUUUUGUUUUUCUUCUGUUGACAUAUGAUGCUGUAAUGUUGGCAAAAAAGAAAAAUGUAAAAUCCUGUAUCAUUUAUGAAAUAUGUAUAAAAGAGAAAUGUAAUUCAAUUAUCAAUAAAAUCCUUAUCCAG